AUGAAUUGAUUGAAUGUAUCGGUCGAUGUGUUUGUCGUUAUUAACGCAAAGUUUAUCAAAAAGUUAUCGCAAAAUCAGUUUAUCGUAUCUCUGGUCAUAUGAUCCUCUCUUUCGUAGAGUUCAACACAAAAUCUUCAGACAAUUGACGUCCAAUAUGUCCACCGAAAGUAGUCGUACGAAGUCAUUGAUAGCUGUGUGUCAGUUGACCUCAACUGACGACAAGGAGAAGAAUUUCAAUGUCGCCGAAAAUCUGAUCCGAAGUGCAGCCGGUAUUGGCUGUCAAAUGGUGUUUCUUCCCGAGUGUUUCGACAUGAUAUGCGAAACGAGAGAGAAGACAAUGGCCAACACUGAGCCAAUAGAUGGACCAAUUGUUAGUAGAUAUAGACAACUGGCCAAAGAAGUCAAUGUUUGGCUGUCUUUGGGUGGUUUGCACGAGAAGAAGACACAUAACGACGACGGAAAGGCAUUCAAUGCACACAUUGUUGUCGACAAUAAUGGAUCCGUUGUUUCGGUUUACAGAAAAGUCCAUUUGUUUAAUCUUGAGAUACCAGGAGUCAUACGACUUGUUGAGUCGGAGUUUUCAACGGCAGGCGAUAAAGUGGUGUCACCGGUUCAGACACCCAUUGGUAGAGUUGGUUUAGGAAUAUGUUAUGAUAUCAGAUUUGCCGAGUUUGCCAUAUCUUUAGCUAAAUCGGGAGCCGAUAUAUUGACUUAUCCCUCGUCAUUUACUAUACCGACCGGUUCGGCCCAUUGGGAGGUUAUGUUAAGAACCCGAGCCAUUGAAACCCAAUGCUAUGUAGUGGCUGCCGCUCAAACUGGUCCACACAACAAGAAACGAUCAUCCUAUGGUCACGCAAUGAUUAUCGACCCGUGGGGUGCUAUUAUUGGACAGUGCAAUGACGGCAUAGGCUAUGCGGUGGCGCAAAUUGAUUUGAAUUUCUUGAAAGACGUCCGACAAAAGCUUCCCGUUUGGAGCGACAGAAAACCACAUCUCUAUGGAAAUAUUAUUCCGGCCGAAGAUAUUGAAGCAAAACUUGACAGUAAUACUGACCAAUCAUUUCAAUUCGGACCGACGGUUGUUGUAAAGCCGGAACAAAUAUUUUACAAAACUAAACAAACGGUCGCUUUUGUCAAUCAUCGACCAAUACUUGCUGGACAUGUAUUGGUGGCACCCAUUAGGGCAGCCAAACGAUUGCAAGAUUUGAAUAGUACUGAGAUAACAGACUUUUUUACUGUUGUCCAGAAAGUACAGAAAGCCAUUGAAACCGAAUACGAUGCCAAAGCAUCUACUGUUGGCAUACAGGAUGGUAUCGAUGCCGGACAGUCCAUAGAGCAUCUUCACGCUCAUCUAUUGCCGCGAAAACCUACCGAUUUCGGCGGUAAUGUAGACCAGUUGUGGGCUGAACUUCAAAAACAUGAUAAAACAGAACACAAAUCAAAAUACAGAGUUAGAACUGACGAAGAAAUGUCCGCUGAGUCUAACAAACUUAAGAGUUAUUUUUAGGAAACAUUAUUAUUAUUUGUUUUUUUUUGUUAUCAAAUAAAUUGUUGUUUUAGU